CCGCCGCCGCCCGAGUCUCGGCGCUCCCCCUGGCGCGGCGGCCGCGGCUCUGCUGCUGGUGCUGCUCGGGCGGGCGGGGGCGGCCUGGGCUCCCGCUUCCGGUGUGGUGUCAUGGCGGGCCCUGGGCGCUGAUGGCUGAGGGGAGCUGAGGGCCCCGCAGCGCGUCAGGGAUACGGAGACCCUCCCCUCGCCCGGCGCCUCUCCUGCCGCCCUCCCUGCGGGGAUCCGCCCCCCUCCCUGGCCGGGCAGGCGGAGGGGGGGACAUGGCGGCCCACAAGCCGGUGGAGUGGGUGCAGGCCGUGGUGAACCGCUUCGAUGAGCAGCUUCCAAUAAAGGCUAGCCAGCAGAACACGCACACCAAAGUCAGUACGGAGCACAACAAGGAAUGUCUCAUAAACAUUUCCAAGUACAAGUUUUCCCUGGUCAUCAGUGGUCUCACUAAUAUCUUAAAAAAUGUUAAUAACAUGAGAAUAUUUGGAGAAACUGCUGAAAAGAAUUUAUAUCUAUCUCAGCUGAUUAUCUUGGAUACACUGGAAAAAUGUCUGGCAGGGCAACCAAAGGAUACCAUGCGACUAGAUGAGACUAUGCUGGUAAAACAGUUGCUGCCAGAAAUCUGCCACUUCAUCCACACUUACCGUGAAGGGAACCAGCACGCAGCUGAACUACGAAAUUCUGCCUCUGGGGUUCUUUUUUCUCUUAGCUGCAAUAACUUUAAUGCUGUGUUCAGCCGCAUUUCCACCAGAUUACAGGAACUGACUGUUUGUUCAGAAGAUAAUGCUGAUGUUCAUGAUAUUGAACUUUUACAGUACAUCAGUGUGGAUUGUUCAAAAUUAAAACGACUCUUGCAAGAGACUGUAUUCAAAUUUAAAGCCCUUAAGAAAGUAGCUCAGUUAGCUGUUAUCAACAGUCUUGAAAAGGCAUUUUGGAACUGGGUGGAAAACUAUCCUGAUGAAUUCACAAAGCUGUAUCAAACACCACAGACUGAUAUGGCUGAUUGUGCAGAGAAGUUGUUUGACUUGGUGGAUGGCUUUGCUGAAAGCACAAAACGUAAAGCAGCAGUUUGGCCUCUGCAAAUCAUACUCCUGGUCCUGUGUCCAGAGAUAAUCCAAGAUAUAGCAAAGGAUGUGGUAGAGGAAACUAAAAUGAACAAGAAACUGUUCCUGGACAAUCUCAGGAAGGCGCUUGCAGGCCACAGCGGGAGUAGACAGCUGACUGAAAGUGCUGCUAUUGCUUGUGUUAAACUGUGCAAAGCAUCUACCUACAUCAACUGGGAAGAUAAUUCCGUCAUUUUCCUACUAGUGCAGUCCAUGGUGGUAGAUCUUAAGAAUUUGCUGUUUAAUCCAAGCAAACCUUUUUCAAGAGGCAAUCAAAAUGCAGAUGUAGACCUUAUGAUUGACUGCUUAGUUUCCUGUUUCCGCAUAAACCCUCAUAAUAACCAACACUUUAAGAUCUGCUUGGCACAGAAUUCCCCAUCAACAUUUCAUUAUGUACUGGUAAAUUCGCUCCACCGAAUAAUCACAAAUUCUGCGUUGGACUGGUGGCCCAAGAUCGAUGCUGUGUACUGCCAUUCCAUGGAGCUUCGCAGCAUGUUCAGUGAGACGCUUCAUAAAGCUAUUCAAGGCUGUGGGGCACAUCCAGCAAUUCGCAUGACUCCGAUGCCAACCAGUCACUGUUUUGCAUGGCAGUGGGCCUCUGUUGCUAGUCUUACAUUUAAGGAGAAAAUGACAAGCCUUAAAUUUAAAGAAAAACCUACUGAUUUGGAAACCAGAAGCUACAAGUUCUUGCUGUUAUCCUUGGUAAAACUGAUCCAUGCUGAUCCAAAGCUUUUGCUGUGUAAUCCAAGGAAGCAAGGGCCUGAGACGCAAGGUAGCACAGCUGAAUUAAUUACAGGCCUUGUACAACUUGUUCCGCAAUCCAGCAUGCCCGAUAUAGCACAAGAAGCCAUGGAGGCCUUGCUAGUUCUUCACCAGUUAGACAGCAUUGACUUGUGGAAUCCUGAUGCACCUAUAGAAACAUUCUGGGAAAUUAGUUCACAAAUGCUUUUUUAUAUCUGCAAGAAACUAACUAGUCAUCAGAUGCUCAGCAGUACAGAAAUCCUCAAGUGGCUGCGAGAGAUUCUCAUCUGUAGGAAUAAAUUUCUUCUAAAAAACAAACAAUCAGAUAGGAGUUCCUGCCACUUUCUCUUCCUUUAUGAUGUCUCUGGAGGUGGAACUAGUCAAAUUUCUCUAGACCAUGAAGAGAUGAUACGCUGUGCUCCAGGAGCUACCCUCAGGAAAGGGAAAGGGAAUUCUUCCAUGGAAAGUACAGCAGGAUGCAGCGGAACACCAAUCUGUCGCCAAGCCCAGACAAAGUUGGAAGUUGCCUUAUACAUGUUUUUGUGGAGCCCGGAUAUUGAGGCAGUCCUUGUUGCAAUGUCCUGUUUCCGUCAUCUCUGUGAGGAAGCAGAUAUCAGAUGUGGGGUAGAUGAAGUCUCAGUGCAUAACUUUUUGCCAAAUUACAAUACUUUCAUGGAGUUUGCAUCUGUUAGCAAUAUGAUGUCAACAGGGAGAGCAGCUCUUCAGAAAAGAGUGAUGGCGUUGUUAAGACGCAUUGAACAUCCAACUGCUGGCAACACAGAGGCCUGGGAGGAUACACAUGCAAAAUGGGAACAAGCUACAAAGCUAAUCCUUAACUAUCCAAAGACCAAAAUGGAAGAUGGGCAGGUUACUGACAGCCUUCAUAAGACAAUUGUUAAGAGGCGAAUGUCACAUGUCAGCGGGGGAGGCUCCAUAGACUUGUCUGACACAGAUUCCCUUCAGGAGUGGAUCAACAUGACGGGGUUCUUAUGUGCCCUUGGAGGAGUGUGCCUACAGCAUCGUAGCAAUGCAGGAUUAGCAACCUACAGCCCACCUAUGGGUCCUGUCAAUGAGCGUAAGGGCUCCAUGAUAUCCAUGGUGUCCACAGAGGGAAAUGCAGAGACUCCUGUUAGCAAAUUCAUCGAUCGAUUAUUGACUCUGAUGGUCUGUAACCAUGAGAAAGUGGGACUUCAGAUACGGACUAAUAUUAAAGAUUUGGUGGGUUUGGAGUUGAGUCCAGCACUUUAUCCAAUGCUGUUUAACAAAUUGAAGAAUACUAUCAGCAAGUUUUUUGAUUCUCAAGGGCAGGUUCUGUUAACUGAGACGAACACACAAUUUGUAGAGCAAACUAUUGCUAUAAUGAAGAAUUUGCUUGACAAUCACACGGAAGGGAGCUCAGAACAUCUUGGACAAGCUAGUAUUGAGACAAUGAUGCUAAAUCUGGUUAGGUAUGUGCGUGUGCUUGGAAAUUUGGUACAUGCAAUUCAAAUAAAAACUAAGCUAUGUCAGUUAGUAGAAGUAAUGAUGGAGAGGAGAGAUGACCUUUCAUUUUGCCAAGAAAUGAAAUUUAGGAACAAAAUGGUGGAAUAUUUGACAGACUGGGUUAUGGGAACAUCUAAUCAAGCAACAGAUGAGGAUGUGAAAUGCUUGACAAGAGAUUUGGACCAAGCGAGUAUGGAAGCAGUGGUCUCUCUUCUUGCUGGGCUUCCACUACAGCCUGAGGAAGGAGAUGGUGUUGAAUUGAUGGAAGCGAAAUCUCAGUUAUUUCUUAAAUACUUCACACUGUUUAUGAACCUUCUAAAUGACUGUAGUGAAGUUGAAGAUGAAAGUGCGCAAACAGGUGGCAGGAAACGUGGAAUGUCUCGAAGACUGGCUUCGCUACGGCACUGCACUGUUCUUGCUAUGUCAAAUUUACUCAAUGCAAAUGUGGACAGUGGUCUUAUGCACUCAAUAGGCUUGGGCUAUCAUAAAGACCUCCAAACAAGAGCUACGUUUAUGGAAGUCCUCACCAAAAUUCUCCAGCAGGGAACAGAAUUUGAUACCUUAGCAGAAACAGUGCUAGCAGAUCGGUUUGAGAGAUUGGUGGAGUUGGUUACAAUGAUGGGUGAUCAGGGGGAGCUUCCUAUUGCUAUGGCUUUAGCCAAUGUGGUGCCUUGUUCUCAGUGGGAUGAGCUAGCUCGCGUCCUGGUCACACUCUUUGAUUCCCGGCACUUGCUCUACCAGCUACUCUGGAAUAUGUUUUCAAAGGAAGUUGAACUAGCAGAUUCCAUGCAGACACUCUUCCGAGGAAACAGCUUAGCCAGUAAAAUAAUGACUUUCUGUUUUAAGGUAUAUGGUGCUACAUAUUUGCAGAAGCUUUUGGAACCUUUAUUAAGGACUGUGAUCACAUCCUCUGAGUGGCAGCAUGUUAGCUUUGAGGUGGAUCCAACAAGGCUGGAGCCUACAGAAAGCCUUGAGGAGAACCAGCGGAGUCUCUUGCAAAUGACAGAAAAAUUUUUUCAUGCAAUCAUUAAUUCUUCUUCGGAAUUCCCACCACAGCUUCGCAGUGUGUGCCAUUGUUUAUACCAGGCAACUUGCCACUCUCUACUGAAUAAAGCUACCGUAAAAGAAAAAAAGGAAAACAAAAAAUCAGUUGUUAGUCAGCGAUUUCCUCAGAACAGCAUUGGAGCAGUUGGAAGUGCGAUGUUCCUUCGCUUCAUCAAUCCUGCGAUCGUCUCCCCUUACGAGGCAGGGAUUUUAGAUAAAAAGCCUCCACCAAGAAUUGAAAGGGGAUUGAAAUUGAUGUCAAAGAUACUUCAGAGUAUUGCCAACCAUGUCCUGUUUACAAAAGAAGAACAUAUGCGGCCUUUUAAUGAUUUUGUAAAAAGCAAUUUUGAUGCAGCACGAAGGUUUUUCCUUGAUAUUGCAUCUGAUUGUCCAGCUAGCGACACUGUCAAUCACAGCCUGUCCUUCAUCAGUGAUGGCAAUGUACUUGCUUUGCACCGCCUGCUGUGGAACAAUCAGGAGAAAAUUGGCCAAUACCUUUCCAGCAACAGGGACCACAAGGCUGUUGGAAGACGACCUUUUGACAAGAUGGCUACUCUUCUUGCCUAUCUGGGUCCUCCUGAGCACAAACCCGUCGCAGAUACCCAUUGGUCGAGUUUAAAUCUCACUAGUUCCAAAUUUGAAGAAUUUAUGACAAGGCAUCAAGUACAUGAAAAAGAGGAGUUCAAAGCACUGAAAACAUUAAAUAUUUUCUACCAAGCUGGGACAUCAAAAGCUGGCAAUCCGGUUUUCUACUACAUUGCUCGGCGAUUCAAGACUGGUCAGAUCAAUGGAGAUUUAUUGAUAUACCAUGUACUGCUAACUCUGAAGCCAUAUUAUGCAAAGCCAUAUGAAAUUGUAGUGGACCUCACACAUGCUGGCCCCAGCAAUCGCUUUAAAACAGACUUUCUUUCUAAAUGGUUUGUAGUUUUUCCAGGCUUUGCUUAUGAAAAUGUCUCAGCAGUUUUUAUUUAUAACUGUAACUCUUGGGUCAGAGAAUACACCAAAUACCAUGAAAGGCUCUUGACAGGUUUGAAAGGAAGCAAAAGACUUAUUUUCAUAGACUCUCCAGGGAAGCUGGCAGAGCACAUCGAACAUGACCAGCAGAAACUCCCAGCAGCUACCUUGGCUUUGGAGGAGGACCUGAAAGUGUUUCACAAUGCUCUCAAACUGGCUCAUAAAGACACCAAAGUCUCUAUUAAAGUUGGGUCGACAGCUGUGCAGGUGACAUCAGCAGAACGAACAAGAGUCCUGGGACAAACAGUGUUUUUAAAUGAUAUAUACUACGCCUCUGAAAUUGAGGAAAUAUGUCUUGUUGAUGAGAACCAGUUUACCUUAACCAUUGCCAACCAAGGCACACCACUCACCUUCAUGCAUCAGGAGUGUGAAGCCAUUGUUAGGUCCAUCAUUCAUAUACGGACACGGUGGGAGCUGUCACAACCAGACUCUAUCCCACAGCAUACUAAGAUUCGUCCUAAGGAUGUCCCUGGAACACUACUGAACAUAGCGCUGCUCAACUUGGGAAGCUCAGACCCCAGUUUGCGGUCUGCUGCCUAUAAUCUUCUAUGUGCCUUAACCUGUACCUUUAAUUUAAAGAUUGAGGGCCAGUUACUGGAAACUUCAGGUCUGUGUAUUCCUGCCAACAACACGCUAUUUAUUGUAUCUAUUAGUAAGACUCUUGCAGCUAACGAACCACACCUUACCUUAGAGUUCUUGGAAGAGUGUAUUUCUGGAUUUAGCAAAUCUAGUAUUGAACUGAAACAUCUUUGUCUGGAGUAUAUGACUCCUUGGCUGUCCAACCUGGUCCGGUUCUGUAAACACAAUGAUGAUGCUAAGCGUCAGCGAGUCACUGCUAUUCUUGAUAAGCUUAUAACAAUGACAAUAAAUGAAAAACAGAUGUACCCUUCCAUUCAAGCUAAGAUAUGGGGAAGUCUGGGACAGAUAACAGAUCUCCUUGAUGUAGUGCUGGACAGUUUCAUCAAAACUAGUGCCACAGGGGGCUUAGGAUCCAUAAAAGCUGAGGUUAUGGCAGACACAGCUGUAGCGCUUGCUUCUGGAAAUGUAAAAUUAGUUUCAAGCAAAGUGAUUGGCAGGAUGUGUAAAAUAAUUGACAAGACUUGCCUGUCCCCAACUCCUACACUGGAACAGCACCUGAUGUGGGAUGAUAUUGCUAUUCUAGCACGUUACAUGUUGAUGCUCUCCUUUAACAAUUCUCUGGAUGUGGCAGCACAUCUCCCCUACCUCUUUCAUGUAGUUACUUUACUGGUGGCCACUGGUCCUCUUUCUCUCAGAGCUUCUACUCAUGGUCUCGUUAUCAACAUCAUUCAUUCUCUUUGCACUUGUUCGCAGCUUCACUUUAGUGAGGAGACCAAGCAAGUUUUAAGGCUGAGCUUGACUGAGUUCUCUCUGCCCAAAUUUUAUUUGCUGUUUGGAAUCAGCAAAGUGAAAUCAGCUGCAGUCAUAGCGUUCCGAUCCAGCUAUCGAGACAGGUCGUUUUCACCUGGGUCCUAUGAAAGGGAGACUUUUGCACUGACUUCGUUGGAAACUGUUACUGAGGCUUUGUUGGAGAUCAUGGAGGCUUGCAUGAGGGAUAUUCCAACGUGCAAGUGGCUGGACCAGUGGACUGAACUAGCUCAAAAGUUUGCAUUCCAAUAUAACCCAUCCCUGCAGCCAAGAGCACUUGUUGUCUUUGGCUGUAUAAGUAAGCGUGUCUCUCAUGGACAAAUAAAACAAAUAAUCCGAAUUCUUAGCAAGGGACUUGAGAGCUGCUUAAAAGGCCCUGAUAAUUACAAUAGCCAAGUUCUAAUAGAAGCUACAGUUAUAGCACUCACCAAGCUGCAGCCCCUUCUUAAUAAGGACUCUCCUAUGCACAAGGCACUCUUUUGGGUAGCUAUGGCAGUGCUGCAGCUAGAUGAAGUAAACUUGUACUCAGCAGGUACAGCACUACUUGAACAGAAUCUGCAUACCUUGGAUAGCCUUCGAGUAUUCAAUGAUAAGAGCCCAGAAGAGGUGUUCAUGGAGAUCAGGAGGCCACUCGAAUGGCACUGCAAGCAGAUGGAUCAUUUCGUUGGGCUAAAUUUCAACUCCAACUUUAACUUCGCACUAGUGGGACACCUUCUGAAAGGGUACAGGCAUCCUUCUCCUACCACUGUAGCAAGAACAGUAAGGAUUUUACAUACACUACUAGCUCUGGUUAACAAACAUAGGAACUGUGACAAGUUUGAGGUGAACACCCAGAGUGUGGCUUACCUAGCAGCUUUGCUGACAGUAUCUGAGGAAGUUCGAAGUCGCUGCAGCCUAAAACAUAGGAAGUCUCUCUUGUUGACAGACGUUUCAAUGGAAAAUGUUCCUAUGGAUACAUAUCCCAUACAUCACAGUGACACUAGCUAUAGGACACUAAAGGAAAAUCAACCAUGGUCAUCACCAAAGGGGUCAGACAGACAUCUGGCUGCCAGUUACCCGACAGUGGGACAGAUAAGCCCUCGAACACGAAAAUCCAUGAGUUUGGAUAUGGGGCAGCCUUCACAAGCGAACACUAAAAAGCUUCUAGGUACAAGGAAAAGUUUUGACCAUUUGAUAUCGGACACAAAGGCUCCUAAAAGGCAAGACAUGGAAUCUGGAAUCACAACGCCUCCCAAAAUGAGGAGAGUAGCCGAAAAUGAUUAUGAAAUGGAAACCCAGAGAAUAUCACCACAGCAACACCCACAUCUUCGGAAAGUUUCUGUUUCUGAGUCAAAUGUCCUCCUAGAUGAAGAAGUUCUGACUGACCCAAAAAUUCAAGCACUGCUGCUUACAGUUCUUGCAACAUUAGUGAAGUACACUACUGAUGAGUUUGACCAGCGGAUUCUGUAUGAGUAUUUAGCAGAAGCCAGUGUUGUCUUCCCGAAGGUUUUUCCUGUUGUGCAUAAUUUAUUGGAUUCCAAGAUCAACACCCUUUUAUCGCUGUGCCAGGACCCAAAUUUGUUGAAUCCAAUUCAUGGGAUUGUUCAGAGUGUUGUCUAUCAUGAAGAGUCUCCACCUCAAUACCAAACUUCUUAUCUACAGAGUUUUGGAUUUAAUGGGUUAUGGAGGUUUGCUGGCCCGUUUUCUAAGCAAACACAAAUCCCAGACUAUGCUGAGCUCAUAGUGAAGUUUCUUGAUGCCUUGAUUGACACGUAUUUGCCUGGAAUUGAUGAGGAAACCAGUGAAGAAUCUCUCCUGACACCCACGUCUCCGUAUCCUCCCGCAGUGCAGAGCCAACUUAGCAUUACUGCUAACCUUAACCUUUCCAAUUCCAUGACCUCGCUCGCAACUUCCCAGCACUCCCCAGGGAUCGACAAGGAGAACGUGGAGCUCUCGCCCACCGCCGGACACUCCAACAGCGGGAGGAUGCGCCACGGCUCCGCAAGCCAAGUGCAAAAGCAGCGAAGUGCUGGCAGUUUCAAACGUCAUAGCAUCAAAAAGAUUGUGUGACUAUUUCUUUUUCAUGUUCCUUUUUUUUUUUCCUUUUUUUUUUUUUCUUUUUGAGAAACUGACUGACACGCGCGGGCCUCUCGCCGAGGGCCCUCCACCGGUUGUGAUGCUGCACUUAAUUUUUUAAAGUUCCCAUCCUGUCAGCCGUGUUGCCAGAUGAUCAACUCUUGAAACAUUGCCUGAAUUUUAAUGCCUUCGUUUCUUUUCUUCUGUUUUUGAUCUAAGCCAGUGUUUCAGAACCGCUCGUAUAGAUCCUGACGGACUUUGCAGCCAAAGGAGGCGUGGAGUUCUUUAACACUGCAGAACCGUAUCUUGUCCAAAUACGAAAGCCAUUUCCCAUAGACAGUUCUACCUUGCUUCUGUUAAAUGCCUUGUUUGUUUCUUCUCUAAAGGAAAGUGUUAAUCCUUAAUCCUGUUUGCACACUUUUCAAGGUAGUGGCUUGAUGAGCCGGGGAAGGUUACUAUAAUCUUGGUUUUAAUUCAAACCUGUAAGAUUUUUAGCUGUGGACUUUUUUUUACCAUACUUAAAAGAAACUUAUGAUAGCCGCAGUACAAUGAGCUUAACCCGAAGUAGUGGAUUAGAUUAAAUUUCUAGUAAUUAGCAAUAAAUUUGAGAGGACGAGGAGGCUGCAUGAGUCUCUCUCAUUCCCCAGACCGUAGCCUCACAUACUUGGACUGUAUAUGGACCAGACUGGAUAAACUGGCUUUUUUCCAAAGCAAAAAUAUUUUUUGCUGUACGUUAACUGCACAAAAAAGGUUGUAUAGUGGAAAGAGAAUCAUGAAGAACUGACUCUUAUGCUGUCGUUGUAGCAGUGUUGAAAAUUUAUUGCUUCUUUCUUCCAUUUAGCCUAUACUUUAGUUUUGCCCUUCCCAACAAUAUGCACCUUUGAGAAAUUCCUGGCAGAACAACCAGCGGGGUAUGGAGGGGAAAAUUUCAUUAAUUGACUUCCAGCUCUGGGAGACGGUGUUUAGCAAAGCUGCCUUUGUGCUGCCCAAGCAGCGACAUAAAAGCAGCAACGUUUGCUUAAGGUACAUGAAUUUUAAAAUAACUGACACUGUGUCAAAUCCAGGUUACGUUUGAAUGUUUGCAGUGCAAUUCCUGGUAUCAGUACAGACAUCUGCAGUCAGACCUGUCUUGCAGAACUUUCAAGGGGUUUUCAUUUGCAAGGGUUCGUACUUGGGGGUUACACAAAACUGAAAUUGCUGUCACUGUGAAAGACUUGUCAGCUACAGUCGUGUAUCAGCGAUGGACGACUGUGAGAACAUGCUGCUAUGUUGAGGACGCGUAGAGGUGCAGCGCUGGGUGCUGCCGAUGCUGCCUGCACGGACUGAAAACGUGCAGAGCAUUUGAUCUCGGGGCGAGCAGAAGUUCUGACAAAAGGGCCUGUCACCUGGGUGCUCGUUGGAGGGCUGGGUAGAUCUGCUGAAGAACAGUUAAACUUCCCAGUUUCAGAUCCCUGUUGUAUGUUAGAAAUUAACAAUCUGUAAGUGGCUUUAAAGGAAAAAAAGUAUAUCCACUAUAUAAAAUAAAAUCCUCUAGUGCAAUUUUGUUUAGUGGCUUUCAGUAAAUCAAACUCCACAGCUAAAUUAUUAGAGAAUGGUACAAUUAAGUGUUCAGAAUUUAUUGAUAUAGCACAUAAUUCACAUGUAUCCACACAGUAACGAUGUAACAUUUAUGUAAAUAAAAAUACCUUUAUUGUAUUGAUUCAUAAAAUAACAAUUUAAUUCCUUUAAUUUGUUUACAGUCCUGGAAAAACUAUGAACACAAACUUAAUAUGCAAAUCGUUCGCCAAAACAAGAGGAAAACUUCGAAUUAGCGGUCUUGAAAUAGAUAAGUUGGAAAAUACAAAGACUCGUGCAAUUAACCAAGUUUUUUAUUCUCGGUCGUGUAGGAGCUGCAGUACCAUUGUGGUUACUGAACAGAUGCAGAACUCUGAAGGGAUUGUGAGGCUAGAACCGAAUGUAGGAAUAGAGCAGUGACUCGCGCCCUGUCCUAAGCUGCUAUGCAUCUAAAACUUCGGGAGUCACUGGUGUAAAAUCUGUUCUCAUCUCAUGCAUCAAAUUGCUAAGAGCCACCUUCAGCAUCGCUGCCCGUUUGCACUUGGUUGUACUGAAUCAAACUAAUUCCAGCCCUUUCCGUUUUGCUGAAGACAAUGAAUUGUAGAAGCCUGAAGAUUUGUAGGUAGGAGGAAAAAAUAAUGUCUUAUAAAGAUAAUUUGCUGUUAGAAAAAUACAGUUUUCAGUUGUUUCUCCUAAGAGCAGAUUUUUUUAAAACAGAAAUAGUAAUUCCAGAUGAACUACCAAGUCCGUUUUGGUUGGACUGGGUGCAUUUCAGAGCAACUCCUGUCAAUGUUUUACAUUGCCUAUGUAAAAAAAAAAAAAAAAAGGCGUCCCUAAAUUAGAAUUAAUGCAUUCUUUGAAACACAUACAUGAAAUCAAAAUGGACAGUGAUUAAAAUUACCUUUCGUGUGAGAACUAGAACUACUCCAGGCUCAGUCCCAGCUGAAAAAAACUGGUAUCUUCCUAAAGUAAGUCAAUAAAAUUUAAUUUAUUCUAUUUCCUGGAAGGCGGGGGAGUCGUUUAAUGUUUUCGGUUCAUGGUUCAGUGAGAGGUCCUGAACCUUCUUAGAGCAGGGGUGUCAAACACGUUAGGUGUAACGGGGGCUGAACGCGGGUGCACUUGCAGUCGAUGGCCAAGGUUUAAUUCAGGAUCACACGCGCCCCGAUACGCAGGGAAGCUAUCUCCAGUGCUGGCAGUUGGGAAGCUUGUGCUUAGGUCAAGGGGGAAAACACGGCCUUUCUUUAAUGAUUAAACUUCUAUUAGUAAUUAGUUGUUCAGUGCCUUACUGUCACAUUCAUCCUUUAGCCUGCUCCCUGUAACAGCCAUUGCUGUUAUUUUGCCUCUUUGUUUUCUUUCUCACGUCCUCCCUUCUUCGGUCUCUUCUCCUGUUUUGAGUACUCUCCAUCCUGCGCUGUUUCGUUCCUGUGAGCGCCCCUUUCAGUUCCCAGCGCCGUCUGCUUCCACUCUCUCCUCAUCCCAUUACUCCGUUUACGCUCAUAGUGGUCAGCAGGUAGUUGCUGGUGACGAUGUGGGCUCGAAACCUGAUCUGACGAGUGGGAGACAGAUCUGAGAGUUCCGACCUUUGAGUCGCUGUCUCAGGCAGCCUGCAGAUUACUGGGCAGUCAGUGCAGCCAGGGAGUCUGUGUACUCUGACGUGAAAACUUAGAUUCAGAAAAACCAGAUUUUAACACGCGGACCAUCUUAACUACAUCAUGGGGACUGUAUGUUUGACACCCCUGUUUUAGAACACGUUACCCAUUACGCACUAACUACAGUUAAGUACUGUAAAAAUUAUUAACAUUUUGUUUGUGUUUGUAUUUUCCCUGACUUAAAGAUAAUUCAGUAGUAUUUGAGUAGUGCAUAACCUACCUGUUAAUUAUGCCAAUGUUUCUGCUUUAAUGUGCAUGAGGUUUCCAACACCAGGAAACAUUUCCAAUAAGUAUUGUGGACUGAGCACCUGGGAGCGUUCCAGUGCUCUAUUCCUAACUGGGUUGUAGGUUUUAGGGCUUUUUCUGUUUCAGUCUGAGGUUAAUUUUUUUUUCAAAUGUAAUGAAGCACGUCUUAUUGUUAUGCAACAGACUUACCACAGAAAGUCACUUUUAGUGUUGGUCCCACCAUUUUUUUUAAUGCAGUAUAUUCACCUGUAAAUAAUUUUUGUGUAAAAUUUGACAGAAAAGUAUAUUUACUACACUGUAAAUACAUGUGACAAUAUAUUGUAUUAUUUUGCUUUUUUUGUAAAGCAGUUAGUUGCUGUAUAUGUAUAACAUACAGAUUUGAUUAUUCUAGUGUUAGUAACUGUUAACUACUACUACUCCUUCCUGCUGUUGCGUUACGUCAUUUAAAAAAACAAAUGCUGUGUACUAUAAACUUACACUGUGUAUGAUACCUUACUAUUUCCAUUUGGGCCUUGACUUUGAAAAUGUUCCCUCAAUCCACAAUCCUGUUCAUAUUGUAAUCAAGCGUGUGACAGCUGGCAGUGCCCUGCUGGCUCAAACGCAGUUGCUAACUGUAGGUAAAAAUGGUAGAAACCCAGUUUCAGAUAAUUGUUGUUCACCCCGUUUCCCCCUCAUGUAUGUACUUUCCCCCCUUUUUUUUUUUUUUUUUUUUUUGAAGUAAAAUGUACAUUCAGCCUGCUUCAAGUUGUUUGAAGGUCAUUCACUUCUGCUGCGGGACGAAGGUGGUGUGUUCUGAAAUCCUUUUUCCGUUUCUCGUGACAGUGAGAUCUGGGUGGGUCCCUUGGGUCUGACCCAAGGGCCUCGCGGCAGCAGGUGCUGGAUCCAGCCCUAGUCCCAGACCCAAAAACCCACUUUCUCUGGGGAAAAUUAGAAUUGAGUUGAAAUCCAGUGUCUUGAAUUUGUCUUUCCAGAAUGGUGCUUCUCUGUGUGUGUGAUCUCGCACAGUUCUAAACAGUGGCAAAGCGGAUUGCCUGUGGAUAACUGAGGACAAAAUUUGGACAGAAUAAAGCCCGUUGUCACGAAUUUCAUGUUACUUCAAUAAGAUGAUCAUAAUUGAAUAAUAAAUCAGAAUAUUUCUUUUUAAAAUGUAAAUUUAAUAUUUUAAUAAAACAGCUGCUUGGUCUUCAAAGAACAUUUCAGUAUAAUUUGUCUAUUUGAGCUUUUCUAGCUUAGAAGCUUGAAGUUUCAACUGUCAGGCAACUUUUAUGGCAAAUGAUUAAUCAAAUCUAUUUUUCUUUUAGGCAAAUAUAUUACUUUCCUAUUAAAAAUGUAUAAGUACUUAUAUUCUGGCUUUGUGAAUCGUAAAAGGAUGUAAAAACAAAUUAAAGCGUGACUGCAUUGACUCCUUCUGAGACA